AUGGGGUCUCCGUUCGGGACCAUUUCUCAUGACCCCUACAGCCUCUCCUCCUCGCCAGGUCUCCCGUCUCUCGACCAGAUCAAAUCACAGAACCCUUCACGACCUCCGCUACAAAGUGGCAGCGCGGCGAUGGCAACCCCCGACAAUGCGAGCCAUAGCUUCACCAGCGUGUCCAGCUUCCUCCGCCACGAGCACUCCACGAUCGACCUGACGACUCCGUAUAAACCCCCGACCGAACACUCUGGCAUGCCCCCGCCGCCACCACCGGAAGAGGAGGAGCCAGUUGUAGUGUGCCUCGCAACGGUAUCGAAACCGAAGCGGAAGAGAGGUGUCAAGGUGUUGGAGAAGAAGCCAGGCCAACCGCCUCCAAAACCAGCCAAAGCUGGGAAGGCUGCCAAGGAGAAGGAGGAAACCGAGGCCGACCAGCCGUGGAAGAAGUACUUGAAGGACGCUGCCGAGAAAGAAGAGAAGAAAGCCAAGUCUACAAAGCCCAAACCUGCGGCCAAGGCUAGAACGACGAGGAAGAAGAAGGAGGAAACUGUCAGUCGCCACUUUGCCAAACCGAAAGACGAGGACCAGGAUCAGGAGGCCGAGGUGCCUAAGCCGCCAAAGAGGACCAAGAAAGAUGCGGACGAACCUUUGGACUUGGAAACGGCUAUGCGCCGUCGCAUGGAUUGGACACCGCCGCCUGCCGAUACCGUUGCUGGUUCGAACCAACAGGUCGUGGAUUUGCUCUCCUCAACCGACAAGACCUCAAGUCUUGUCGCCUCAAAGGAGACUUUCGAUAAUCUUUUCAAGAACUAUGCGCACCCCGAGGAGGAGCAGGCGCGGCCCUCCGUCGAGCCACCCGACAAUGAGCGCCAGGUCUUAGGGAAGAGGAAGUUGAUCGAGACCGUAUCUAUCAACGAAACGGCCAAGACGGGCCCGUCCGAGAGAGCGGCCCCGAAGGCCAAGGCACCCAGGAAGAAGCCUCGAACUAUCACUGAGCUAGCCACAGCUGCCUAUAAGGUCCCAGAAGCUACUGAGCAGCAGGAGCCAUCUGCACUUGCACCAGAGAGCAACGCCGUCGAAGCAGAGGAGGCGAAGGGCAAGGGAAAGAAGAGGGCAUCCAAGGCCAAGAAGCCGAAAAAGAUGCCACCGCCGGAACCUGUCCUCCUUUCACCGACCGCAGCUUUGAGACAGGCCGCAAACCAGGACUACGUGUUUGGCACCUCGAGCCAGUUGGCUCGGGAACACUCGCCAACGUUCCUACGAGACCUUCAAUCAGCUCUCCAAGCUUCAAACUCGCGGGGAAAGGACGACGACCCCUUCGUGACGCCCAUCAACAGUGACGCGGUAGAGCCAGAACCGCGACAGAAGCUGUGGGGUGUCGGUGCAAGAGACGAAGAUGGACGAGUCUUGGACCUCGAAGUCAUCAACUUGGCAGACACGCCACAGGGAAAUGAAGGCACAUCUGAAGGGCCCAAUCCAUUUGGAUACGUGGCCACGGACAAACAGGCGCCACCACUACCGAAUCACUUUCCAUCAGAUGACUCGUUCCCUGAUAUCGACGAUCUUCUCGGAAAAGCGAUCGCGGGGGGGCUGCCUAGCAUUCAGGAAGAGGCACCAUCCUUUCAGCCUGCGGCAGCUCAAUCCGCCCCGAAGGAACCACGCCCUGCACCCGAACAUGAAGCCGCGUGCCCAGCCGAAAAGGACAUCUCCGAGGAUGAUGUUGAGCUGCGGCCGCCGCGGUUGCUGUCAGUGACUGGCAGAGGAACACAACAGCCUGCUGCCAAAGCCAAACCUGUCCAAGAACCCAGCAAACCAAAAUUCGACCUAUACACUGACGUCCAGCUCGCACGUGAAAUCUCCUCAUACGGGUUCAAGCCAGUCAAAAGACGCACGGCUAUGCUUGCUCUAUUAGACCAGUGCUGGGAAAGUAAGCAGCGACCAGCCCUUUCUUCCCUACCCACGAACCAUCCGAUGAUCUCGACGAUAUCUGAGUCACAGACAGCUGCCAAGGUGCAAAGGGCUGCAGCUGCUGUGUCACCCAAACGCCCGCGGGGCCGUCCGAGAAAGAACAGUGACGUUGCGCCAGCAUCCCAGGAGAUGUCACCUAAACGUGGGCCGGGACGGCCCAGGAAGACACCCAGCGUCGAACUCCUAUCGUCACCCAAACGCCCGCGGGGUCGUCCGAGAAAGAGCAGCAUCGAGAUCCCGUCCAGUGAGCCGCCGCCGUCAGCUCAGCCUCCGCCGCCAUCUCCCAAACGGCGACCCGGACGGCCGAGGAAAACCGCUGAGCCGACACGAACCACCGGCGGCACGAUAAGCAACAAGGGUAAAUCCAAGGCAGCUGCAGAUACCCCAGACGUAGCCUCGCCGGCGGCGUCACGCGCCAGGAAGCUUGCGUCGCAAAACAUUAUCGAGAUCCCUGAUUCGGCCUCUGAAGGGUCCCUGUCGCCGUCGCCCUACUCGUCUCCAGAGCCAAUGUUCUCGUCACCGCCGCCACUGGAUGCUUCCUUAUCAAUCACGGACGAUACGGAGAUGUCGCUCGCUGCGUCGCCAAAGAGCCAGGAGUCUGCGGCUCUGUUUGAGUGCAUCACCGAAGCCGUGACGACGGCACCCCCAACCAUGGACCCGAAGAAGCCCACCUUUCAUGAGAUGAUGUUGAUGUAUGACCCUAUUGUGCUGGAGGACCUUGCCACUUGGCUGAACACAGGUCAGCUGUCCAGAGUUGGCUACGACGGCGAGGUCUCCGCGGUUGAAGUGAAGCAAUGGUGGUUUUCUAAUGUCUACAUUCAUAUUUCCACGGUGCAUUCGCGCGCGUUCAAAAUCGUCAGUACUCUCAGUCCGACUCACGAAUUCGCACUCAAUUGCGACCGGAACAUCGACCCGAAGGCCGCCGAGUACGAACACGCCGCCGCCACUCAGAACAGCCACAUUUCCAUCCUCCUCCUCUCACCAACGAACCAGGUCCUGCUGCUCCACCGGGUGAAGACGUCCACGUCGUUCGCCUCGGCGCACGUCUUUCCCGGCGGGAACCUGGACGCGUUCCACGACGGGGAGGUGCCUGCGCCCGAGGCGCGGGAGAGGCAUGAGGACGGGCCUGCGUAUCGGCUUGGUGCGAUCCGGGAGUGUUUUGAGGAGACGGGGAUUCUGCUUGCGACGAGGAAGGGCGCGGCGGCGGGGGAGGAGUCUGCGCUGGUCAACUUGUCGUCUGCGGAUAGGGAUGUCGCGAGGAAGCGGAUUCAUGGGAAUGAGGUGAGGUUUGGGGAGUGGGUUGAGAGUGUCGGGGGCGUUCCGGACGUUGAUCGCUUGAUGCCCUUCACGAGAUGGGUCACGCCAACCAACGUCCCCAAACGCUUCACAACGCAGAUGUACAUCUACAUGCUCCCGCACUCCGCCUCAACGGGCGCUGAGGCCGCGGAGCAUGAGAUUAUCGUCCCGACGCCGGACGGGGGCGUGGAGCACACGGCCGCCAAGUUCGACGACGCUUCCGUAUGGCUCUCCCGCGCCGACAAGGGCGAGAUCAUCCUCUUCCCGCCGCAGUAUUAUCUGCUCUUCCUCGUCGCGCAGUUCUGCAAGGGCGCCUCGAGCGGGGCCGGUGUCGAGCACUUCGCGGCGCAGCGGGAGCAGCUGAAGGAGUUCCUGAAGCGGGUCCCGACGGCCGAGUCGGAGGCUGCGAGGAAGCAGCCCACGUCGGAGAUCCCCUGGGCGGACAAGGUCAUGAGCCCGCAUAACCUGUUCAUCCGCGAGGAAGAUAACCGCGUCGUGCUCGGGAUCGAUAAGCCGGGGCCGGAGCUCAAGCGCUCGGGGCGCGGGGGCGACUGGGAGAGGGUCGUGUUGGUCAAGUUUACGCGCGAGGGCCCGCGCAAGGUCGAGGUUCGAGGGCGGGAGGAGGUGUUGAAGGAGGAGAAGGAGGCGAAGAGGGCGAGGGAUGAGUCGGAGAAGUCGAAGAUCUAA